GUGUCUCGUGCAGUCAUCAGAAAAAUACAUGUAUGUUAUUUACCUGAUAUUAUAAAUUGUACCUGUGGGCGAUUUCUUUAAAAAUUGAAUGUACAUAUAACUUGUAAUUAUACCUGUCCGAGGGAGCAGACAUAGGAUUGACCAUUUGAGACCUCAGGAUAAAAUAACAAAAGUAGAUCAUCAACGGCUUUGGGAUUCCGCGAGGACAUCUUUCUUUUAUUAUUGUUCACCGGUGCAUAUCUCACUCUCGCGGGUUAUUAACAUCAUUACUUAUGACACAUUGAAGUGAACAUUCUUUCGCUUUCGUCUUAGCCUUCCGUUGGCUACAAGGAAUUUCAGUGAUAUUUUAACUAAAUUUGGAUUUUAAGUGAAAUAUGCGACGGAGUUCGUGUGGGACAUUUAGCCUGGUCCUGGCUACGUGUCUGGGACCAGUGGCUAUUGCUCUUUUAGCAGUUUCUUUUGCCACGGAUUAUUGGAUAGAAUUCACAGUAGACAGAAACAGACUAGGGGCUUCUUUAAAAACAGAUGCUACUAAAGCUAGAUACACCUUCACAAGAAACAGGGGAAUAUUUCGUGAAUGUUAUUAUGGGAACGAUACAGAUUUGGUUUUCAGAAAUGCAGACGGUAUUGUUGAUAGCAAUUGCUUCCAUAUUUCAUACAAAUUCCCAGAAACCACAAAUGUUGAUUAUUCAGCGGAUUUUUCCACACGUAUACAUUUAAUGAGAUGUCAUAUGGCCUUCUUUAUUAUGGCCUUAGUGUUCUUUUUAAUCUCAUACGUGUUUGGUGCUGUUGUUUGCUGUUGGCGAAGGUCAAAAUGGGCGUACUGUGCGGGUUUCUGUGCAUAUUUUUCAGCAUUUUGUACUGCAGCAGCUAUAGCCUUUUUCCAUGGUGCUGAAUAUCUAGAAAGAAAUAAAAUAAGAGAUGAACCUCAGUUUUAUCAGGCCUGGGACCCAUCGAUAAAGACAGCAACGGUUCGUGACUACCGAUGGUCCUACAUACUAGGUUGGGUUGGAAUGGGAGUCGCAGCACUCACAGCAACGCUUUAUGCAGUAGCUGGAUGUUACAUAGGAUCAGAGCGUUAUGAGGACAAAGACUAUUUAGAAAAGAGACGUGGUCGAGAAUACGGAUACCAAGCAUAUGACAAUAGGGCUUUUCCUAUGGAACUGGCAUAUCCGGACCCCUAUGCAUAUCCUCCACCUCAUCGUGGUGGUCCAUAUCCCGGACCUCCUUAUUAUCCCGGCCCUUAUGUAUAUGACAUGGACACCCGUCGACCUCUACCAGCCGUUGGUUACGGCGAACCAGGUGCGCCGUAUUGGACGUGGAGUGGCUAAUUAAAUGCGAUAACAAAUGUAGGAGAGAUAACUCUAAUUAGAAAAAUAUAAUGCGAGGACAGAACUCCGUACUAUAUUAUAGCGACAUCAUCAAAUAAUGAUUGUUUGUUUUGUCUGUGAAAUAAGUUUUUUUCUCACAAGAUAGAUCUACAUUGUAAGAAUGUUUUUUUGAAGUUGAAUUAAAAAAGUGAAAGGUAAACAAAGUUAAGUAUACGUGUAAAACAGUCAUGGAUGAUAAUUUUAUGGGAAACACAUUUGCAUAAUUAUAUAAUAAGUCAUAAAUAACUCUAGUCAAUCUUCAACGAAAUUUUAACUAUAUUCAAAUGAAUCUUGUGCUUUUUAUCUCAUAAUUCUGUAUUGAUCAUUUCUGUAUCCGUUAAGGGGAUUGAAUAUCACUCAAGUCUGAUAUAUUUUAACAGGAUGUUGAAAUUAAAGCAUCUUAUCAAUAUGAUGAAAUUUGAAACGGAUAAUAUCUGCUACAUUUCACUUUUGAAUUUAGUUAAUAGAUUUCAUGAACAUUCGCUGUUGAAAUAAAAUUUCCCCUAAAUUAAAUAAAAAGUAGAAAAAAAUCAACCAGAAAAUUAUAAUAAAUUGUUGAAUACCGCUUUUAGUUAUUCUUUGUUUUUCCUUUGGUGAAGAUUGUCUUAUUGGUGCACAUGUGCAUAUGUGUACAUUAAGUGUGUGCUCUACAUGUUAAAGUAUAUACUUAAAAAAAACCUACUUUAUAUUUUAAUCCUUUGUAUGUAUCUAUUGCAUAAUAUAUUUAUACCAUUGAAAUAAACAGACGUGUUUUUUAUUAUUAUUUAAAGAUUUAGAGCAUUAUAAUACAUUAUUAUACAUUAUUUUAACAAAUCUAUUUUCACGUACGUACAUUAGAAUCAUAAUUAUAUUAGCUAAAUAUUUACUACAUUGACAAAGCUAGAUUCAAAAUACAAAAAGACCAUUUACUGUUGACGUAAAUAGACAGAAUGUCAAAGUUUUCAAAAUUAUUGAAGUUCCAUAUUUGGAAAAAGAAAUUUGUAACAGCUUUUUAUUCUAAUGUUAAUCGAAAAAAAUGUUAGACCUUUCCACAGUUAUUUUGUUUUUUUACACAAUAAUAUUAAAAUACCAUAAUGACAAAAACUUUUUCAAGGUUGAACAUGUUUUUUUUUGUGAAGAGAACUGAGCAGGAUGUUAUAUACACAAAUGUAGCUAAUAAAAUAUGAUCAGUUUGUUAGAUUGUAAUAAAUAACUGAAAAACAA